AUGUCCCGACCUGCCGCACCCGCACCCGCUGCAGCCCCCACUUCCGCCCCCACUUCCGCAUCAUCACACAGUGCCCCAGCGUCGCACAGCGCACCUUCAGCAGUAGUGCCUGCGGCUGGGGCGAUGGCCUCGCCCAUGGGAGGCAUGCAACAGCCCAGCAUGAUGCAGAGCAUCGCUAGCACCGCCGCCGGUGUUGCUAUUGGCCACACAAUGGGACAUGCCAUGACCGGUAUGCUGGGUGGCAGUGGUGAAGCCGCACCCGAGGCGGCCGCCCCCCCACCCCCCGCACCCGAACAGUCCAGUUGGUUCGGAGGUGCACAGGCGCCCCCACCCCCUGCACCUAUGGCCUCGGCCCAAGGACCGUGUGGCCUGGAGUUCAACCAGUUCAUGCAGUGUCUACAGAGCAACAAUGGGGAUACCAUGGCCUGUGCGCAGAUUGAGGAGGCGCUAACUCAGUGCAAAUGGAGCAACGGCAUGAAGUAAAUUGUCAAAUCCGAUCUCAUAGUGGGCAAGCACCCCCCACUACACCGCCAACAUCAUCCAGUUGGGGUUCUCCAGCCGUCUCAGACAUUAAUGCGAACGGAGACAGAUGGAUUGGUGUCGUUCAGCUCACAUCAGUUGACUCUGGAGGUCUUCCUUGGUGGUGGCUAAACCUUGUGCGAGUAUUUAUCUAUUUGUAUGAAGAAUAGGGCGUUAAAUACAUCCGUGGGUAGUGGACUGGCCUUCGCAUGCUGACUGAUGAGACUUUAAUGGAUCAUAUGGGGCUGGAGUGUAAGCUUGGUAGUUUACCUUAUCCGUACGCUGCUUUGCAUAAAGUAGUGGCCAAUAAACUGUAGUUAUUUCGGCUAUAUGCAGGGACUUGUUGAGAGUGUGACUCUGGCACGAGUGGUGUGCACGGAUAUGUUUUUGACAGUAAAUGGC